UUCAAUUAUCUUUAGUAUUUUAGUAGAAUAUGCAAAAAUAUAUUCAUAUUUAAGCCAUAUUUAUUAGUUACCUUAUCCCUACAUUACUAGUGACGACCGAAUUGAUUACGCUAAAACGAUAGAUUACCGUAUUUAAAAUCCAGAUUAUCAAUGGAGUGUGACUCAGUGUAGUAUAAGUAGUGUAGUUAAUGUAGUAGUAGUAGUACUGACUUAGUGGGGUAAAAUUAUGCCGAUGGCUGAGAAAGUUGGAUCAGAUCUCAUUAUAUUAAUAUUAAUAGUUUAGCAUCAUAAUUUCCAAAGUAGCUACUAGCUAGUACUGUGCACUGGAGUUCAUAUCUCAGAAGCUGCCCAGCAUGGAGGUGGAAACAGAUGUGUUAGCUGCAGUUUCAUCUACUGUAGAUAUACAGUCAAAUGAAUUAACAGAAUUUUCAUCUUCUGAAGAUUUGACACCAGAUCUAUCGGCCAUAUUUUCAUCUUCUGCUGGCAUCAAAACAGAAGUAUUGUCAUUUUAUAAUUCUCAGAAUAUAAAACCUGACAUGACAUUUAAAACCACUCAAGAUGUUAAACCUGAUGUUACACCAGACUUUUCUUCUUCUGCUGACAUCAAAACAGAAUUAUUGACAUUGAUUAAUUUCCAGGAUAUAAAACCUAACAUGUCAUUUAACACUUUUCAAGAUGUUAAACCUGAUGUUAAUUCAGAAUUUUCUUCUUCUAAUAACAUAAAACCAGAAUUAUCAUUUUUUAAUGUUCAGGAUAUAAAACCUAACAUGUCAUUUAACACUUUUCAAGAUGUUAAUUCAGAAUUUUCUUCUUCUAAUGACAUAAAACCAGAAUUAUCAUUUUUUAAUGUUCAGGAUAUAAAACCUGACAUGUCAUUUAAAACUUCUCAAGAUGUUAAACCUGAUGUUACAUUUUCAAUUGAAAAAAUUAAUAAGAAACCUGCUGCAUCAGCAGUAUUUUCAACAUCUGAAAAUUUAAAACCAGAAUUAUCAUCUACUGAAAAUUUAAAACAAUAUUUCACAACAGAAUUUUUACUUUUUGAGAAUAAACAAGAAAACGGACUUGAAGAAAAUCUACAAUUGUCUAGGGACAACGAAAAUAAGAUUGUUUGUUAUCAUGAAACAUUUUCUCAAAGUUCUAAAAGUAAUAUGCAUAAAAAUGUUCAUUCUGAAGAUAAGCCAUAUGAGUGUGAUGUUUGUCAUAAAAGGUUUUCUAGAAAUUCUAAUUUAAAAAUACAUAAAAAAAUUCAUUCAGGAGAUAAACCACAUGAAUGUGAUGUUUGUUAUAAACGUUUUUCUCGCAGUUUUGGUUUACGAACACAUAAAAAGGUCCAUUCAGUAGUAAAGCCACAUGAAUGUGAUGUUUGUCAUGAAAGGUUUUCUCAAAGUAUUCAUUUAAGAACACAUAAAAGGAUUCAUUUAGGAGAUAAACCACAUGAAUGUGAUGUUUGUCAUAUAAGAUUUUCUACAAAUUAUUAUUUAAAAAAACAUAAAAAUGUCCAUUCAGGAGAUAAUCCACAUGAAUGUGAUGUUUGUCAUAAAAGGUUUUCAAAUAGUUCUAGCUUAAGUAAACAUAAAAAAAUUCAUUCUAGAGAUAAACCACAUGAAUGUGAUGUUUGUCAUGAAAGGUUUUCUCGAAGUUCUCAUUUAAGAAUACAUAAAAAGCUUCAUUCAGGAGAUCAACCACACGAAUGUGAUGUUUGUCAUAAAAGGAUUUCAAAUAGUUCUAACUUAAGUAAACAUAAAAAAAUUCAUUCAGGAGAUAAACCACAUGAAUGUGAUGUUUGUCAUAAAAGGUUUUCUCAAAGUUUUUAUUUAAGAUGUCAUAAAAAAAUUCAUUCUGGAGAUAAACCACAUGAAUGUGAUGUUUGUCAUAAAAGGUUUUCUCAAAGUUUUAAUUUAAGAAGACAUAAAAAUAUUCAUUCUGGAGAUAAACCACAUGAAUGUGAUGUUUGUCAUAAAAGGUUUUCUCUAAAAUGUAUUUUAAGAACACAUAAAAAAAUUCAUUCAGGAGAAAGGCCACAUGAAUGUGAUGUUUGUCAUAAAAGGUUUUCUCUAAAAUGUAUUUUAAGAACACAUAAAAAAAUUCAUUCAGGAGAAAGGCCACAUGAAUGUGAUGUUUGUCAUAAAAGGUUUUCUCAAAGUUCUCAUUUAAGAGAAUAUAAAAACGUUCAUUCAGGAGAUAAACCACAUGAAUGUGAUGUUUGUCAUAAAAAGUUUUCUCAAAGUUUUCCUUUAAGAACACAUAAAAAAAUUCAUUCAGGAGAAACGCCUCAUGAAUGUGAUGUUUGUCAUAAAAGGUUUUCUCUAAAAUGUAAUUUAAGAAAGCAUAAAAAAAUUCAUUCAGGAGAAAGGCCACAUGAAUGUGAUGUUUGUCAUAAAAGGUUUUCUCUAAAAUGUAAUUUAAGAACGCAUAAAAAAAUUCAUUUAGGAGAAAGGCCACAUGAAUGUGAUGUUUGUCAUAAAAGGUUUUCUCAAAGUUCUCAUUUAAGAGAAUAUAAAAACGUUCAUUCAGGAGAUAAACCACAUGAAUGUGAUGUUUGUCAUAAAAAGUUUUCUCAAAGUUUUCCUUUAAGAACACAUAAAAAAAUUCAUUCAGGAGAAACGCCUCAUGAAUGUGAUGUUUGUCAUAAAAGGUUUUCUCUAAAAUGUAAUUUAAGAAAGCAUAAAAAAAUUCAUUCAGGAGAAAGGCCACAUGAAUGUGAUGUUUGUCAUAAAAGGUUUUCUCUAAAAUGUAAUUUAAGAACGCAUAAAAAAAUUCAUUUAGGAGAAAGGCCACAUGAAUGUGAUGUUUGUCAUAAAAGGUUUUCUCAAAGUUCUCAUUUAAGAAGGCAUAAAAAGAUUCAUUGAGGAGAUAAACCACAUGAAUGUGAUGUUUGUCAUAAAAAGUUUUCUCGAAGUGAUCAUUUAACAACACAUGAAAAGCUUCAUUCCAGGGUUUUAAUUUUAUACCCGUAUGGUUUUGUUCAGGCCACAAGUUAAUUUGCCUGUUUCAAAUUAUAUAAAAUUGACCUCCAUUAGACAAGUAAAAUGACAUUAGGCCAGCAGUCACAGUGGCAUCUGGCCAACAGGUACAGUGACAUCAAAACUUCUGAGCAGACAAUCUUUUUUUAUAAACACUUUCAUCUUUUGCUAAAUGACCUUAAUCAUUAUAUUUAGAGGUAUAGAAUCACAAAUCAUAGGAUCAAACUCUACUGGAUGCAAUGUAUAACUCAAACAGACCAUAUGUUAAAACUUCCUCUCCCUCCCCACUAUUUACAUGUCUUAUGGAACUAACCCCAAGUUUCAUGUUGCUCCAACCAUUGCUAAGGCUUAUGGUUACUUCCUUAUUUUUGCUAGAUGAAUGGGUUUUUUAAAUAUAGAUUUAAUCUUUAUUCACACCUUCUCAAUAUGAACUUUAUGCCAAAUCUCAGGCUCCUCUCUGCAUGCUAUGUGAUUGAAAAGAGUAUAAAAUAAUUUUCUUCACUUAUUCAUAUAGGCUAUACAAUUUAUUUAAAGAUUAACAACACAUUUCAAUGUCAUAAAUUAACAUUUAAUUUUUUAAAACAGCAUAACAAUUAAAAAUUUGAAGAAAAGAAAGACUAUAGCUGCAAUUGUUACAUUUUCGUAUCUUAGUUUUAACAUGUGAAUUUUCAUUGUGUUUUAAUUAUAUAUUCCUUAUUAAAAAAAAGCUUUGUAAUGUAAAUUUUAAAGUAGUGAAUCAUUUGAAAUUGUAAUAAAGAUGUUAAGAAAUAAAAUGGUUAAAGUGUGUGUCAAUUUUUAUUAUUAUUUUUUUAACAACACUUUAUGUAAGUUAACAUAAAUUCCAAUGAGGCCAAUGUGUUUUGAAUGCUGGGGUGUAUUUUACUCACUAGUGAUGCUCCAAAGCCUGUACCUUCUGUGUGGGUGAAGGUCAGUGUUGGACAACUUAUGUUUGUUAGGACUCUCAUUACAAAAGAAACAUUUGACAUUUUAAACACUUGUUUUACAAUUUUUUUAUCAAUUACAAGUAAAAUAAAAUUUAUAAAAAUUAUUGACUUAUUGAUGCUCUGCAGUAGUGAGUUGUUUUCUCAAAAAAUGGUUUUGCCAUAAACUUUUAUAGCCCAACUGCACAAAAAGUGCACAAUCCAAAUUAUUACUAUUAUAAUAGCUUAUAGAGUUAGUUUAAGGGAGCUAAAUGUGUAUGGAAUUAGUUUUCUAGAAGUAUAGU